GCUUUCAGUGACACGAAGGACCUUUCAUCAUGAGCAACCCUUUCAUGCAGAUCGUGGAGCCAUUAGACUCCAACCAGCCUGAAAAGAAAUUCUUCAAUGUGAGCAAAUUGAAAGAUGAAAGAUAUGAACGGUUGCCAUUUUCUAUUAAAGUCCUUCUGGAGUCAGCAAUCCGUAACUGUGAUGAGUUUCUAGUGAAGAAGGAAGAUGUUGAGAACAUCUUCAAUUGGCAGGUGAUGCAACACAAGAAUGUCGAAGUGCCAUUUAAACCUGCACGAGUUAUUCUACAGGACUUCACCGGUGUACCUGCAGUGGUUGACUUUGCUGCAAUGCGAGAUGCUGUGAAGAAGCUUGGUGGAGACCCUGAAAAAAUCAAUCCCAUCUGUCCUGCUGACCUCGUAAUUGAUCAUUCCAUCCAAGUUGACUUCAACAGGAGGACAGACAGUUUACAGAAGAAUCAAGAUCUGGAGUUUGAAAGGAACAAGGAGAGGUUUGAGUUCUUGAAGUGGGGCUCCCAGGCUUUUCACAACAUGAGGAUUAUUCCCCCAGGCUCAGGGAUUAUUCACCAAGUGAAUUUAGAGUACUUGGCAAGAGUGGUGUUUGAUCAGAAUGGGUACUAUUAUCCUGAUAGUGUGGUGGGCACUGAUUCACACACUACAAUGAUUGAUGGUUUGGGAGUGCUUGGCUGGGGAGUUGGUGGCAUUGAGGCAGAAGCUGUGAUGCUGGGUCAGCCAAUCAGCAUGGUGCUUCCUGAAGUGAUCGGUUACAAGCUGAAAGGAAAUCCUCAACCUCUCGUAACAUCCACUGACAUAGUGCUCACAGUUACCAAGCACCUUCGCCAGGUUGGCGUUGUGGGUAAAUUUGUGGAGUUUUUUGGGCCUGGUGUAGCCCAGCUGUCCAUUGCAGAUCGAGCCACCAUUGCCAACAUGUGUCCAGAGUAUGGAGCAACUGCUGCUUUCUUUCCAGCAGAUGAAGUUAGCAUCAGGUACCUGAUCCAAACGGGCCGUGAUGAAGAAAAAGUUAAGCAUAUAAAGAAAUACCUUGAAGCGGUGGGAAUGUUUAGAGACUUCAAUAGAUCAUCUCAAGAUCCAGAUUUCACUCAGGUUGUAGAGCUGGAUCUCCAUACUGUCGUGCCUUGCUGUAGUGGACCCAAACGACCUCAGGACAAAGUAGCCGUGUCAGACAUGAAGACGGACUUUGAGACUUGCCUGGGAGCCAAGCAAGGAUUCAAAGGAUUCCAGAUUGCCCCUAAACAUCACAGUGACCGGGUGAAGUUUGUUUAUGAAGGCUCUGAUUUUCAGAUUACCCAUGGUUCAGUAGUCAUUGCAGCCAUUACCAGCUGUACCAAUACAAGUAACCCCUCAGUUAUGCUAGGAGCUGGAUUGCUAGCGAAGAAAGCUGUCAACGCUGGUCUGACUGUCAAGCCUUACAUUAAAACUAGCUUGUCUCCAGGAAGUGGCGUAGUGACUUACUACCUGAGGGAGAGUGGAGUAAUGCCUUACCUUUCUCAACUAGGGUUUGAUGUUGUGGGUUAUGGGUGUAUGACCUGCAUUGGGAACAGUGGACCUCUACCAGAGCCUGUUGUUGAAGCCAUCACUCAGGGAGACCUCGUAGCUGUGGGUGUGUUGUCUGGAAAUAGGAAUUUCGAGGGUCGUGUCCAUCCCAACACGCGUGCCAAUUACCUAGCCUCACCACCACUGGUGAUAGCUUAUGCUAUUGCAGGGACCAUAAGGAUUGACUUUGAAAAAGAGCCUUUAGGAGUAAACGCAGAAGGGAAGAUGAUUUUUUUAAGAGACAUUUGGCCAACAAGAGAUGAGAUCCAGGCUGUUGAACGUCAGUAUGUUAUUCCUGGGAUGUUCAAGGAAGUCUACAAGAAAAUAGAGACAGUAAAUGAAUCCUGGAAUGCCUUAGAAGCCCCAUCAGAAAAAUUAUAUACUUGGAAUCCCAAGUCUACAUAUAUAAAGUCUCCCCCUUUCUUUGAAAACCUGACUUUGGAGCCGCUGCCUCCUAAAUGUAUAGUAGAUGCCUACGUCCUGCUAAAUCUUGGAGACUCUGUAACAACUGACCACAUAUCUCCAGCUGGGAAUAUAGCAAGGAACAGCCCUGCUGCCCGUUACUUAACCAACAGAGGUUUGACUCCUAGAGAUUUCAACUCUUAUGGCUCCCGCAGAGGUAAUGAUGAUGUCAUGGCCAGAGGAACAUUUGCCAACAUUCGCUUGUUAAACAAAUUCAUCAAUAAACAGGGACCUCAGACCAUCCACUUUCCUUCUGGGGAAAAUCUUGAUGUGUUUGAUGCUGCUGAAAGGUACAUGCAGGCUGGCCAGCCCCUCAUCGUACUGACUGGUAAGGAAUAUGGCUCAGGAAGCUCUCGGGAUUGGGCAGCAAAGGGACCUUUCCUGCUGGGCAUCAAAGCCAUUAUUGCUGAGAGCUAUGAGCGAAUUCAUCGCAGUAACUUAGUCGGAAUGGGAGUGAUUCCCUUGCAAUACCUGCCUGGGGAGAAUGCUGAGACUCUAGGCCUUACUGGACGGGAACGCUACACAAUCAUCAUUCCUGAAGAACUCAAACCAAGGAUGAAUGUCCAGAUUAAGCUGGAUACUGGGAAAACCUUUCAAACCAUCAUGAGAUUCGACACUGAUGUGGAACUCACUUAUUUCCACAAUGGCGGCAUUCUGAACUACAUGAUUCGCAAAAUGGCAACCUAAUCAAUGCAACACUGAGCACAUGUCCAGAUAGAAGCCUAAACUGAAAUGGUCUCCUUGUGGAUUGUAUCAUCAAGGAGCUUAUUUACACUCUUAGCGCCACGUCCAGACGAAUGCAGCUGUGUGGUAUGUGGCGCCACAAACACAUCUGCGGCGCCACAUACCCCACAUUCAGUUGUUUUUCACACUGCAAGGGAGAAGCAGAGGGUUUUUUGACCCCUGGAUACCCAGGGGUCAAAAAAACCCACGGAG